UUCCUCAGUAACAGGAUCACCACAAUUCAGGAUUCAAAACGCACGCAUUCGAAACAAUACGGACGCCCAUUUGAUAACAAUUUUACGUGCUUGAAUACAAAUAAAUUUGAUAGCAAAAAGACUAAAUUCUAGAAGGGAGUAGUUGUUCUUAUCAAACCAGGCCAAGUCAUCAUAGCUGACUACCAGAUAUUGUUACUUGUUCUUGCUGCAUAAUAACCUGAGCUUCUCUACUGCUUCUAGCAAUUCUCCUUCACCUUCUUCUCUCAACUUUUUAAUCAAUUCUCUACCUUUUUCUCUCUGUAGUUCUCCCUCUUUCUUCUCAACGACCACCUUAUUUAUGACUUUAGUAACCUCGUCCCUCUAUAGAUCAAGUGUUUAAGCCCUACCUAUAGUGAAAAAAAAUCUAAAAGAGAAGCCAAACCACCAUUUUGUGUUAGCUCCUUAUACAGUCUUUUUAGACUCCUCCUCCCUCUCCCCUAAAAUAGGAUAGAUUAGGUUAUAUAAAUAUUAUGUUACAGGCAUACAUCCCAAUCUAAAGAACCAACAAAGCCUUAGGAUUCCCAACCAUUCAAUCAUCCAUGGAGGGAACAAUGAGUGAAUCUAGUGCUCCUAGAUUUAGAGUUUUGAUGUUCCCAUGGCUAGCUCAUGGCCACAUCUCUCCCUACUUAGAGCUAUCCAAGAGACUCUCCGAAAACAACUUCCACAUAUGCUUUUGUUCUACAGAGAUCAACCUGAAUUUCAUCAAGAAAAGUAAAACCUUUGAUGAGAUUUCAUCAAUAGAACUAGUACAACUUGAUUUGCCAGAUCUGCCUGAACUCCCUCCCCAGCAUCACACCACAAGAAACCUCCCACUCCAUCUCAAAUCAACCCUCGAGCGUGCAUUUUAUAUGGGAAAAGCAAACUUCCAAAACAUCCUGAGCACUUUGAAACCCGAUUUGCUAAUCUAUGAUGCUCCCCAGUCAUGGAUAUCGGAGCUGGCAGCACUGAAUCAUAUCCCUUCUGUUCUUUUCAUAAUAGUUGCUGCAGUAAACUUGUCUUUUUUUUAUCAUGCCGUUAACUGUGGAAUCGAUGGUACUAAUGAGGCUUACCCUUUUCCAGCAAUUUAUUACAGGGAUUAUGAAACGAAGAAAAUGAUAGCUAUGUCCCAGGAAUCCAAAGAAAGUUUACCCGAAGAUGCUGCUUUUUCUCCCAAGUGUUUUGAACUAUCUUCUUUUGUUUUGGUGAAAAGCUGGAGGGAAAUUGAGGGGAAAUAUAUAGAUCACUUUUCUUUCUCCUGUGGCAAGAAGGUGUUAGCUUUAAAUCUUCUUAAUGUUCAAGAUGAUGAUACCAAGGAGGAGGAGAAUAAUUCCCAUAUCAUGAAGUUUCUGAAUGGUAAAGAUGAAUCAUCAGUGAUUUAUCUUUCUUUUGGGAGCGAAUACUACUUGUCGAAGGAAGAAAGGGAAGAGAUAGCACAUGGGUUGGAGCUGAGCAAUGCUAACUUCAUAUGGGUACUUAGGUUUCCUGUGGGAGAUUCUAUUGCCCUAGAAGAAGCUUUACCCGAAGGGUUUCUGGAGAGGGUGAAAGAGAGAGGGAUAGUGGUGGAUGGAUGGGCACCACAGGCUAAAAUUCUUGAGCAUCCAAGUACUGGUGGUUUCUUGAGUCAUUGUGGAUGGGGUUCUGUGACAGAAAGCAUGUAUUUUGGGGUUCCAUUGUUAGCUUUGCCCAUGUUCUAUGACCAGUUUCUUCAAGCUAGACUUGCAGAAGAUAUUGGUGUCGGUAUUGAGAUUUUGAGAGGUGAAAACGGGCAGACAAAUAGGGAAGAGGUUGCUAAAGCCAUAAAAAUGGUUGCUUUGGAGAAUGAAGUGGGAGAAUUAUUGAGAGAAAAAGCUAGAGAGUUGAGUAACCAGAUGAGAGGAGGAGGAGAAGGAGUGUUGCAUGAAGCAAUAAAGAAGCUAAAGGAUUUAUGCAGCAAGAACAAGUAGCAGAACUGCUGAAUCUGAGAUGGAUAGAUAUGAUAGAAAAUGUUUGAGACAGAUAUUCAAUGAUUAACCUUCCAUAUGCUGAUAGUAUAAGCCAAGGAUUAUCAUUACAGCAUUUUUUUUCCCUAAAAACUCCGUACCGAUUGCUGUGGAGCUAAACUGCAGUUGUAAUAUGUAUUCAUUUCGAUUGAUGCCAUCGGCGUUACUGAUACAGGUUGUUACAGUGUGAAAUUCGC